AUGGAUAGACGGUACAUGAAGUCUAUGCAAACAAAAGUAUUUCAGUGUUUCCUUUUUUUUAUUUUAUAUAUAUAUAUUUUAUAUUUAUUUAUUUAUUUGAAUUUCCCAAUGUAAUUUUAAAAAGACUUUAAAUAGAAACUGUUUUUUAAGCUCAUGAUAUCGGGGUUGAAAUUGUUUGUAUCUACAUCCCUAACAAUGCAGUACCUCAGGAUUUUUUUUAUUCUAAACUAGCCCUACCUUCCUUCCUGUCUGUCUGUCUGUCUGUCUGCUGGCUUUCUUCCUCAUUUUUGCUUUAUUUCUCUCUUUUUGCUUUUAGAUGAAAGAAUGGUAUGCUAGGACUAAGCUGUCAGCACUCUGCUUUGCAUUUUGGAAAGGCCAGUUCUGGAUUGCAACAGGUUUAAUGCUCUGACAGUUUCAGGCACUGAUUGAUGUUAUUUACAGCCCACAGUAUAUUUUAAGGUAUGGAAGAUAUGGAACAUUUUUCUGAUUUCUCAUUCACUUCUCUAUACAAGUAAUACUUAUUUUAACUAGUUUAAUUCAUUAAAUUCUGAGUGGAUUUUAACAUCAUUUUGUUUUGCAUCUGUUAUAAGUACCCACCUUUCUGCUUCCAGAUUUUAAUUUACAGUAGAGUACAGUUUGAAUGUUUAUUUCCUAUAGUGCAACAAGUUCAAGCUCAAGAAAUGGCAGCUGAUGAUGACGUACCACCAGAAGACCCUGUGCAAUUUAGAGUGGUAGAUCUGAGGAGAAUAGUUGUUAGGGAAGUCAAAAAGGAUGGUAAAGAAAUUUAAGAAAGCAAACUGGAUAAACAGUUCGUUUUUCAUAAAUGCAAACAGUUUUGGGGCUGAUAUACUUAAAAAGCUAUAGAAUUUGUCUAUUCUAAUCAUACAACCCACGAUUUUGUUUCUUUAAAGUGCUAAAUUGCAUAGCAAUGCAGUUGUUAACUGUAAAAAUUUAAGCACCCACUGUCAAUUUUCCUGUAGAUUUGCAGAAUUUAUAUCGUGUAUUUUCAUGUAGGGAGAUCUAAGCCUGGAUGGGGAAGGAAGCAUGCAGACCAGUUUGGUGGCCUGAAGAAGUUGAGCUCACAAAGCAGCCAGCGACCACAUCUGGACAACUUAAUUUCAAUAAUGCAUUUAUACAUAAAUUGGAAUCAACAACAGCACCCUCAAGAGGUUGACAUCACAGUAGAUGGUUCUGCUCACAGUCCUGUGAUUCCCAUUCCUGUAUCAUCAACACCAGCUUCUGCUUUUAUUUCGGAUCCUCCCUCAUCUGCCCCUGAAGUUUUUGCAAGCCCCAUUUGCCCUCCAGCUCCUUCAUCAACACCUGCUGUCAUCACUUCCAUUUCUGAUCCUCUCUUUGCAACUCCUGAAGGUCACGUUCAACCUUCUCUUGUAUUUGAGGACAUUGUUGAGAGGAAAUUUGGGAGUGAAUCAGUUUACUGUGGUAAUAUGUGGCAAUCUGUACUGCAAACCUGCAGUGAACUGAAUCAGAUCCAAACAUCAAAGAUGCUGCGUAUUCUAGGAAAACUGAAUGAAGACGUAAGCUUCCUGUUAUUAAUUGAACUCUUUCUUUUCAUUCAUUACUUUUUUGUGCAUGUAUGUGUCACAAACAAAUAAACAAACAUACUAUUUCAUUUAUUUAUUUCACAAUUUAAUCGAGUCUAGGAUGCAAGUAUUUUGUUUGGAAUUUACCAUUCUUGAACAUUUUCUAUGUUAUUUCAUCAGCUGUCAGCUAAAGUUUUAAUACCAGUUGUUUAGCUAGAAGCUUGGGAAGGGGGCUAUGUUCAAGCAGUUUGGUCCUACUAACUCCAAAAGGUGGAUAUUGUUUGUUUAAGGGUCCACUAAUACCAGGCCAAUUCCAGCUCUUUAGUGUGAUGUUCAAAAAGUUUUUUUUCAACUUGAUGAUUAGGGUUGGGGCAUUUAACGAGGAAUCCAUCAUGAGGGCAAACAUUCAUGAGUUAAUUAACAGCCUUUAAAAAUAUUAAUGUUAUUUCGCUCACUAAUUUGUGAUCUACCUAUUAAUGCAAGGUGUGUUUUCUUUUCCUAGACUGAAAUCCAUACAAUCAUAAGGCCCCAAAUUGCAAGGGACAUUUUAGGGUGCAUGGUCAGAUUGCCUUGGGAGGUGAACUUAAGUUCAUCUCCUCACAGCCUGGAACAUUUCCUGAAGAUCUCUCCACAUCAGUUUAUCAGCAGCAAGAAUCAGCACAGACUUCCUGAGUAGUAAAAAGUUCAUUAAAAGUUAUUAACUUGAAACGAUCAUCAUCAUCAUCAUAAUUAUUGUUACUAUUAUCAUUUUUUUCAUUGAUAAAUUUUAUUGUAUUGGUUGUUAUUAACUUCAUAUACUAUUUUUUUUAGAGA